GGCACAUGCGAAUUAUGAUUGGAUGUGAUCUGAAUGUGUUUUGUUUGAGAAAGUAGACUAGAGUCGACACCGGCCAACCGAUUUCACACUUGUAUAUAUAGAUCCAAAAUCAUCAGUCUUAUUGAACAUAUAUUUUCACCCCCACCACCAUCUCCUCCUCCUCCGAUCCCAGCAAGCAAGCAAUUUCAAAUUAGUAUAGUUAUAGUAAUAACUAUUAUUAUUAUUAUAUAUCAUGGGUGAAGUAGUAGUGGAAACGGCGAGGAGCGAAAAGAAGGCAAGUUUAUUUUCACCAUAUAAGAUGGGCAACUUCAAUUUGUCACACAGGGUGGUUUUAGCUCCGAUGACACGGUGCAGGGCGUUGAAUGGGAUACCGAAUGAUGCGAUGGCGGAGUAUUACAGACAACGAUCAACUCCUGGUGGUUUCCUCAUCACCGAAGGCACCAUGAUCUCUCCCACUGCCGCCGGGUUCCCGCAUGUACCAGGCAUAUUUAAUAAGCAACAAACUGAUGGUUGGAGGAACGUUGUUGAUGCUGUUCACAAACAGGGCGCUGUGAUAUUUUGUCAAUUAUGGCAUGUUGGCAGAGCAUCCCACCAAGUUUAUCAACCUGGUGGUGCCGCACCAAUAUCAUCUACAAGCAAGCCCAUAUCAAAGAGGUGGAGGUUAUUAAUGCCAGAUGCAACCUAUAGUCCAUAUCCUGAGCCCCGGCCAUUGGCAACGCACGAAUUACCGGAGGUGGUGGAAGAUUAUCGUCUGGCAGCUGUUAAUGCUAUUGAAGCAGGUUUUGACGGAAUUGAGAUUCACGGAGCCCAUGGUUACCUACUUGACCAGUUCAUGAAAGAUGGUAUCAAUGACAGAAGAGAUGAAUACGGCGGAUCAUUAGCAAACCGCUGCAAGUUGUUGCUUCAGGUGGUACAAGCAGUAGUUGCAGCCAUCGGUGCAGACCGAGUCGGUGUUAGAAUCUCACCGGCAAUCGAUCACAUGGAUGCUGUGGACUCUGAUCCACGCAGCCUAGGCCUGGCCGUUAUCGAAAGGCUGAACAAACUCCAAUUCGAGUCGGGAUCAAAACUAGGUUAUCUUCAUAUGACUCAGCCACGUUACACGGCAUAUGGUCAGACAGAGACAGGAACCUAUGGAAGUGAGGAAGCAAUGGCCGAGCUGAUGAAAACGUGGAGAGGAGCUUAUGUGGGUACUUUCAUUUGCAGCGGUGGCUACACUAGAGAGCUUGGGGUUCGAGCUGUGGCUGAAGGGGAUGCUGAUUUGGUGGCUUAUGGUCGUCUUUUCAUUUCAAAUCCAGACCUAGUUUUAAGACUGAAGCUUAAUGCCCCCUUAAGUAGGUAUGUAAGGGCAACUUUCUAUACUCAUGACCCAGCUAUAGGCUACACUGAUUACCCUUCCCUUGGGAACGAACCAGUGUCACGCCUAUAGUUUACUAGCUGGUUAUUAUCAAAUAUAAGUAGCUUAAUUAUUAUAUAUGUUGUGCUUUAUAAAAGAUAAAUAAAUUUGUUGAUCGUUUGCAUA